UGCUGCAGCCAUAAGAGUAAAUCAUCGGGUUGGCCUCCGCCGGCGGGCAGCUGGGCCGGCCUACAGGGGGCGCAAUAUGGCUGGGACGUGGCGCGCGACUCCAGGGACUGCUUCAGCAAUCACGUGUCCCAGAGCAACUCUCUGGAGGAGGUCCCGCUGGACGGAGGACUGCUGCUGGCCCCGACCCCGCGCAGGGUGGAGAUGAGGAGGGACCCCGUGCUGGGCUUCGGCUUCGUGGCCGGCAGCGAGAAACCUGUGGUGGUGCGCUCCGUCACUCCAGGAGGUCCCUCUGAAGGCAAACUCAUUCCUGGGGAUGAGAUCAUUAUGAUCAACGAGGAGCCAGUGGCCUCUGCUCCCCGCGAGAGAGUCAUCGACCUUGUCAGGAACUGCAAGGAGUUCAUCACACUGACGGUGAUUCAGCCGUACCCGUCUCCCAAAUCAGCAUUUAUAAGUGCAGCCAAAAAAGCCAAAUUGAAAUCCAACCCAGUCAAAGUGCGCUUUGCCGAAGAGGUCAUCAUAAACGGCCAGGUUCCGGAUGCAGUGAAGGACAACUCGCUCCUGUUCAUGCCCAACGUUCUGAAGGUUUACCUGGAGAACGGACAGACCAAGUCCUUUCGCUUCGACACGAGCACCUCUGUCAAGGACGUGAUCAUGACGCUGCAGGAGAAGCUGUCCAUCAAGUGCAUCGAGCACUUCUCCCUGACGCUGGAGCAGCGGGGCGAGCAGCGGGCCGAGGCGGCCGCCGCCAACAAGAGCCUGCAGCUGCUGCACGAGCAGGAGAUGCUCACUCAGGUUACGCAGAGACCCGGGUCACAUAAGAUGAAGUGUUUUUUCAGAAUCAGCUUUGUCCCAAAGGAUCCAGUUGAGCUUCUCAGGAGAGAUGCAGUAGCUUUUGAAUACCUCUACGUACAGUGCUGCAACGAUGUGGUGCUGGAGCGCUUUGGGCCCGAGCUGAAGUACGACGCGGCGCUUCGCCUGGGCGCCCUGCAGAUGUACAUCCUCACCAUGAUGACCCGCCAGACGCAGAAGGUCUCGCUCAAGUACAUCCAGAAAGAGUGGGGUCUAGCACUGUUUCUUCCCCCGUCAGUGAUGUCCCACAUGAAGGAGAAGAAUAUCAAGAAAGCUCUCACACACAUCCUGAAGACGAAUCAGAAUCUAGUGCCUCCAGGGAAGAAGAUGACAGUGUUGCAGGCAAAGGUGCACUAUUUGAAGUAUCUCAGUGAAAUGAGAUUGUAUGGGGGAAGAAUAUUCAAAUCUUUUCUCCUGCAAGGAGAGAAACAAACAGACGUCAUCUUACUUGUGGGCCCAAGGUACGGCAUCAGUCACGUCAUCAACGUCAAGACCAAUCUAGUGGCUCUUUUAGCCGACUUCAGCCACGUGAACAGAAUCGAGAUCCUCACCGAGGACGAGACCAAUGUGCGGGUGGAACUGCACGUGCUGGACGUAAAGCCCAUCACACUGCUGAUGGAGUCGAGUGAUGCCAUGAACCUGGCCUGCAUGACGGCCGGCUACUACCGGCUGCUCGUGGACUCCAGACGCUCCAUAUUCAACAUGGCCAACAGCAACAGCAUGGGAGAUAUGGACAGUCAGGAUCGGGGGCUGGAGUGGCCUUACAGCACGUCCUUCGGAGACCUGGAGGACCCCAGUGGUCAGGGCUACCCCGGUGAUCAGGGCUGCCCCAGCCAAUCCUACCCCAGCCAAUCCUACCCCAGCCAAUCCUACCCCAGAGACUCGGACUCGGACUACCCAGAGACCACCAUAGAGGAGAAUAAUCACGGCUCUCCCUUCCGGACGGAGGUAUUCCGGCCUCCCCCGCCUCCUCCCGUGGACAGGCCCGCGAGCGGCCGGAGAAGCCCCAUCCCCCCACCGCUGCCCCCUCCGCGCCAGAGACUGCCCCAAGACUCCCCCCGCAACACCAAAGUCUCCUUCAUCUUCGGCGACCCGGCUCUGGACUCGGUGAGCCCCCAGAACCUGGGCUACCAGCGGCUCAUGGACGAGAGCCCCGAGACAGCGGACGAGGGCCGCGGCGGCUCGGCGUUCCUGCCUGGCGGCGCGGGCGGCCUGCGCAUGCCGGACGGCAUGGCCUUCAAGAACGUGGUGUACAGCAACAUCGGCGAGGGCAAGAUGUUCGCCGCGCCCGGGGACGGCCCCGAGGAGCCCCUCCUGCACCACCUCUGCUACCCCGAGACGCCCGACGACGUGGAGGACGAGGACGACGGCAGCGGCGAGGAGGACUCCACCGUCACCGGCGGCGAGGGGGAGGAGGAGGGCGACGCGGCGGGGGGGACGCUGCCCCCCACGCCCCCCGGAAAACCCACCUUCCUGGCGCUCUCGGGCUCCAGCGACGACAUCAUCGACCUGACGUCCCUCCCGCCGCCCGAGGGCGAGGACAACGAGGAGAGCGACGCGCUGCUGCGGACGCUCAACAUGGCCAUCGCCGCGCCGCCGCAGGGCUUCCGGGACAGCUCGGACGAGGAGGGGGCCGAGGCCAAGGAUCCGUCGCAGGGCUCCUGCGAUAGCGACAUGCCCGUGUCCCUGAUCGACGCCGUGCCCACGCACGGGGAGCCCAGCGCGGGCAAGAGGCUGGACCACGCCGUGGUCACCACCCUGCAGGCUCUGGAGGCCCUGGCUGUGGCAGAGGAGCCCGCACGGCCACCCAGACCCAACAGCAGUGCAGGAAGUGGCAUAUCUCGAACGUUCAGCCCAGCAUCCUCCUCUGAUUCAGGCAAUGAAACCAACUCGUCGGAGAUGACCGAGAGCUCGGAGCAGGCGGCGGCCCACAAGCUCACCGAGAGCCACAUGCGCCUCCUGGUGGCCACCACCGAGGGCUACCAGCCGCUGCUGGAGGAGAAGACCGAGUUCCCGGUGUCGCCGUGCUCGCGGCCCGCCCCCAUCCCCAAACCUCCGCGCAGCCCGCGACACCGGCAGGCCGAGCCGCAGUCCUCCACCACCACCACCACCACCACGGCAGUCGCCCCCACAGUGCCUUCCCAGCCCGCGCUACCUCUACGCGGCCUGGAGAUGGAGCCGGAGAGCAUGGAGGACAAGCCGCUGGGCGACUACAUGGCCAGGGCGCGCUCCUCCAGCACGCUGCUCAACUCCUGCGGCGGCGGCAGGCGGCCCGGGUCCGGCGCGGGUCCGGGGAAGCACCACAAGAAGAGCGCCUACGACCCAAACACGGGCAAGUUCAACACCUUCACGGCCCGCGACAGCCGGCGGAGGGGCCAGUUCGACGUGGAGCGCACCUCCUUCUGCGAGAUGAUCCAGCGGCAGGAGCCGCUCCCCGAGGAGGGCCUGCUGUCCAGCCAGAGACACAGCAGGCUGAGCAUCCCCCACCUCGACCACAUCGGCUCCGGCGAGCUCCGAGACGACUGCGACAGCGGCGGCGGCGGCGUCUCCGAGCACCCACAGGGCGCUCCGCUGGCCUCGCCGUCCAAAAAGCCUCGCGAGCCGUACCCGCCGGACUUCGGCGGGGACGAGCAGACGCCGCCGCAGCACGGGCAGACGCAGGGGGCGUCGGCGGCGGCGGCGUCGGCGGGGCCGAGCGCGAGGCCUGGCGUGGCGCGGCUGUGCGAGUACCACCUGGCCAAGCGCAUCUCCACGCUGCAGAGCGAGGCGCAGCACUCCCUCCAGAGCUCGCAGUGCUCCUCGCUGGACGCCGGCGCCAACGGCAGCACCAGCAGCAGCGUCUGCGCCACGCCCACCGACUCCCCGCUGGCCACCGCCGCCGCCACGGCCGGGCCGGGUCCGCGCCAACACCACCACCACCCGCUCUCCGAGUCGGCGCAGUCGCUGGUCCACUGCCUGCCCGGCGGCGGGGGCAUCUCGGCCAGCCAGCACCCGCACGCCGACCCGGCGCUCCUGCGCAAGAUGCUGCCCAACAUCCACCCUCCGCCGGCGGCCGGCUCCGACCCCAGCCUCAGCCUCAGCGCCCCGCGAGGCCCCAAGAUCAAGGAGACCACAGGUACCGCUCGCAGGAGUGCUCUUUUCACUGAUGUGCAUGCAAAACCGGGCUGUGUUAAGAACCUAAGCACCAAGGAGGGCAGCGAGGCCUAUAGGCAGCUGAUAAACUACCUGACAGUGAGCCAGAUGCACCAGGGGGGCAAGCUGCAGAGCUCAGGCCUGGGGGGAGGAAGGAAGGACAGAAGGCAUGCCGGGAAUAACCCGCUGCUGCUCGACAUGGUUAGGGGUAAGGGGAACACCAUUGCCCGAUGUCCCUGCAUGCCACCCUCACCCUCACCCUUUCUGAGCCCCAGCCUAGCGCCCGCGGGCGGGUUGCCCCCCCCCGCCGCACAGGGCCCCUGGGGCCCCCGAAUGUACCACUCGGCCACGCUGCCCGCUAAGCUGAAGAGGAGUCCUGACUUGCAUGCUCAGAGACCCGCCGCCAGCCUGGAGGUGAGCCGGGCCGCGCGCCACGAGCGGAGGAGCUCCUUUUCCGGCCUGGAGGGCGAGCUGGAGCGGGCCGUGCACCCCGAGCGGCUCCGGUCUCUGGCCCGGAGGGACGGUGCCGGCGAGGGGGCGCCCUGCCGCGUGCCAAAACUGGAGUCGCCCAACCCGCUGCGGCAGAACCACGUCCAGGCCCAGGUGCCGCUGCUCUACCAGUGCGACUCGUCGUCCCUGAGCAGCCUGCGGAGGAGUCGCGAGCUCCGCAGGAGCACCAGCAACAUCACGGCCGGCUCGGGCAGCGUGGAGACCCUCUUCGACCGCUCCCGGGGCUCCUCGGCCACCCGGUGCCCGCAGGCCCCCGUCCAGUCCGCGGAUUCCAAGCUGCAGCAGCGGCGGCCCACCAAGAAGCGGCUGUCCAAGAGCUACUCGCAGGGCUCCAUGUCCUCGCAGACCACCUGCUGGUCCAGCGGCGGCCGAGACAGCCGCCGGGCCUCCGUCAUGCUGCCGCUGCAGAAGGACAGCAAGCACAUGAAGGGCUCGCAGAAGCUGGACGCCAGUCCCUGGAGGUGCCACGGGCCCUUCAGCUACUGCUUCUUCAAGCGGAAGAGCCAGACGGAAGAGGACGACACGGACGGCGAUUCUUCCGGAAGGUUCCGCGGCGACCUGGAAGAGGCGGGGCCCUCGCAGUACGACCCCAACGCGGCCCUGGACCCGGCCGGGGAGCAGCUCUACGGCGAGGUGCUGAACAACAUGAGCUUCGGCGACCGGCUGGCCCGCAUCAACGCGCUCAAGGACCGCAUCUACUCGUACCCGGCCGGCUUCGCCGACGUGCGGCGCGACUCCAGCGAGCUCAUCGCGCUGGUGCGCUCCAGCGUGGGCCGCGGCGACCGCGGCGUGCCUCCGCUCCAGGCCCACGAGCUGGCGCAGUACAAGCAGCUGCUGUCCAUCGAGUCCAAGGAGCUGGGCCGCGCCUGCCGACGCAUGGCCCAGGCCCACGGCAGCCCCGAGGAGAUGCUGCUGGCCGUCACCUGCAGCUUCCAGGUGCUGUGCUGCCUGUGCGAGGCCUGCAUGUGCCUGGUGCGGGGGCUCGGGGCGGCGGCCGCGCAGCAGCAGCGCGAGGUGGUGGCCAAGGUGGACGAGGUGGUGAUGAACUACAUCUGCCUGCUGCGCGCGGCCGAGGCCGCCUCCGGCUGCGCCCCCGGAGACCACAGCGUCAAGACCCUGGCGCGCCACUCCAGCACCAUGACCGCCAUCGCCAACGCCCUCACGCGCUCGCUCAAGACGCUACUCAGCAAAUAG